GUUCCCUGGUGGUCCCUCUUAUCCAGCCCAGAGGCAGCUGCCUCAAAAGACAGAAGGCAAAGAGAGCCCAGGAACAUCAUCCUUAUAGUCAUCCCCCUAUAUAAGAACCUGCUUAAGAAAAUCAAGAUGAAUUCUUGUAGCAUGGGAGAACCUGAAACGCAUCCUUUAACUAGAUGUGACUUACAGUGCUCUUUCCAUCAGCCGAGAGGAUCCCCAUUAGAACCACAGAACACUGAGGAGAAAUCUGCUAAGGUUAAACGCCGCAGAACCAGGCGGGAGCGCAACAGUACCAGGUUUGGUAGGAAUGCUACUGACAGGAUCUCAGAGCAAAGAUCCGCAUGUAGGGGACAACAAAAAAUGUUGCCCCCCUUUUGGAGCUCCCAGCUUAGCCAGUGUGCUAAAUCAAUGCCCUUUCAGGCCAUUAAAGGGACUUGUGUUGCAAAACCUGUGAUCAUAACCCAGAACAGACUCUCACAGCACUUCGGCAUGUUUAACAGAGAGGUGAAAUCAGCUGAUAUAGAGAGAUUGUUGAGUCCCAGAGCUGAGCAAUUGAUAAAUGAGAUAACUCCUAUACAAAGUGAUAUUGGAACGGAGGUGGUAAUAGUAAGAGAGAACAAGUCUUGUAAGUCAUGUGAUGUUAAUCACAAGUGUAUUCCCAAUGAAGAAUUUGCCUGCACUGGAAAGGAUCUGAAUGGAACAAAAGAAGAUUUUACUCCUACAGUAGUAGACAUUGUCCCUAUAUCAACUGAAGAACACUGCGAUGUGGCUAGUGUACAAGAUGUGAAUGCAGGAUCCCAACCUUCUGCUGCAUCUGCGACUGUGGAUUUCAGUCAACAAACUACAGAAAAUGAAACUUUUCAGAGCAAUGCCCCAGUUGCUUUAAAUGAAAAAGAAAAUGUCCCCCCUGUUCCAACAACACAAGUUGAGCCUGGCAAAGAGAAAUUUCUGGUGAAGAAACUGGCCCAAGAGCUUCAAAAACUUCUAGACCUCAAGGCAAUAUUUCCUGGACGAAACUUGAUAAGUGAAACACGCCAGGCGGUUAUUAGGUUACUGCAGGAACAGAAGAAAACGUUGCCAGAUGUAUCUACCUUAGCGCAGCUCAAGAAAUUAGCAACUGGUUGUAACAGAGACGCCAUCCAUGCAGAUUUCAGGAGCAGAGACCAGGAGGAGUUGCAGUACAAAUUGAAAACUAGCGACUGCAGCAGGAGGAGUUCUGACCAGGUUGUUUCUUCCAAAAAGAGGAGAGGACUGGAUCAAACCUUUUUUACCAGCCCCUUUCCUAGUUCUCUGCAUACAGUGUUAAGAAUGGCGAGCACUUCAAUGGCAGAAGAGAGGUUGGCUGAAAGGGAGAGUGUUGAAUUUUUUGUGGAGCCGGAAGAGGUUGAUCAGCACAGCUUCUACCUGACCGCAGUUCAGCCCCACCCUCAUCUUCUCUCAGCAUCUUCCGAGCACAUGACUUCAACCAGAACCUUCUUUGCUUCAGAUGAACAUUGCUCUUUGAGUGAGGCUUUACUCAGAACUGCUCAUCCCAGUGAAAGGCUAGAGAGGUCCGAAGUAGCCAAGAGAGUGUUCUCAAAAGAGAGUAAUUCUAAAAGGCACUGUAUUCCUUUUACUGCCCAUGAUUCUUUGGAUUCAACCAAUCUUAGCAUGAAUGGCCAUGGCUCUGAUCCUUUCCCCUUUACUGAUCUCCAGCAGUAUUCCUAUAAUUAUGAACAAAGCCCAGAUCAAUGGAAUUUACGGGAGGCAGAGACUGCUGCAAUCCUGAACCCAUCCCAGGAACUGCACAGUUCUCUACCACUAGAUAUGGGUCUCGGGCCCACAGAAAGAGCACUCUCUGAAUCGCAGACUUCUUUUGAUGUUUUAAAAAGCAUCUGGAGCCCCCACGUACCUAGUAGAGGGGCCAGACGCCCUGCGUCUCGAGUCCUGAGCUACUCUUGCUUAGCUCAGCAGCCACUCUCAGCCAGAGAGUUGAACUCAGGGCAAAGACAGACAGAAGACUUCUUGCAGUUGUUCAGCGUCAUCCCUCAACAGCACUCCUUCUGUGGGCAAAAUCCUCAGCAAGACAUUUGUGUGCCGAGCAGACACCAACAGGAUGGGAACAGGUUCUCUGUAUUGGCAAACUCCAGACCCUGUUACCAUAAAGUAUCUGGAAAGCAAAGGAGACCCUCAAAUGGUCAGCAGGUCUGGGGACUGAUGGAAGUCCCUGAAAGGAUGCAAGGAAACCGAGAAGGAGGUUCUUUCAGGUCUGGGAAUCAUGAUCUGGAGAGACUGCUCCAGUUGGAAAGAGCACAGCAGCUACAAGCCUUCCAGCAGUUGCCAAUGUCUCAUUUCCCCCCAUCAGAAGCUCUAGAAGAGGACCCAGACUCCUCCCUCUGCAGCUUCCAGGGACAUCUGUUGGGGCAAGCCAGCCCUGAGCCAUGGGCCUUUCCCCGGAUGAAGUUAUACUGAAAGGACAUGGGAAGGUUCUUUCCUGAACGGGAAGCACUUGAGAACGGGAGAACCUAGAUUGUCACUUUGAAGAGGCGUUUGGUACUUCUCAGAUCACAACACACUCUCCCUAAUCUCUUUCUGUCUCAUUUUGUUCUGCAAUUUCUUUCUUUUUAAAAACUCCAUUAAAGAACAUUUAUUUCAAACAUA